AUGGUUUAUACAACUACAAUUGAAGACGCACAUGAGAAAAGAAACGAUUUUGGUCAUUGGGACUACUGGCACAAUGGGGGAUGCGAUGAUUAUGUACGGUUUUCAAACCGCUACAGCAAAUAUUGCGGUUCCAAUAAGCCUGCCAUCGGACGUAUACAAAGUGAAGUGUAUUUUGAGUUUGUUACUGAUAGGGUUAAUAGUAAAAAAGGAUUUCAAGCACAUUAUACAACAGAAGAAUGUGGUGGGAAUUUUACGGAACCCAGGGGAACAAUUUCAUUCCUCAGUACAGGCACGUACAAUUAUGAGGUCAACUGUUUUUGGAAUAUCACAGCAUCUAACAAAAUCAUUAAAUUCAAACUUGAGAGCGGAAGCGGCUGGGUUAAUUGGCAUGGCUGUCAUUAUAGUUUUUUAAAAAUCUAUGAUGGACAGAAUGAGACUGCUAAUCAACUUUUAUAUCUCUGUCGGCGAUUUACACAGAUGGCUGCCUAUGCAAGCUCUGGAAAUUCAAUGUAUAUUCAUUUUUAUAAACAAGAUUGGAGUGACACGACUUUUUCAGGAACAUAUCUUACUACAUAUGGGCCUGCCCAGGGUUGUAGUGGCACAUUCAGGCAACCAAAUGGAACAAUAAGAUCUUUGGAUAUAGACAAUGAUGGACAGUAUGAGCCUGAUAUGGAAUGCAGUUGGCUUAUAUUUGUCGGUGAAAACAAAGCAAUUAAUUUUACUAUUAAUGAUAUAGAUAUAGAAAGUCACACCAGUUGUGAUAAAGACAGUCUUACUGUAUACGAUGGACUCACAGCUGAUCAUGGAAUACUUGGUUCUUAUUGCGGUCAGCAAAUUCAACAAACUAUGAGAUCUUCCUUCAACAUAAUUCUGGUUAUCUUUAAAACAGAUUCUGAAACAUCUGGUAGAGGUUUUAAUGCAAAUUUUCAAGAAAUUGAUGUUGUAUGUGGAGGUGGCUAUAAUGCUACCAAUGUGCCACAGACUUUAUCCUCUUCAGCACAACCUGACACUACACAGCACUGCCAUUGGACAAUUGACUCAGGCUCAGUUGAUCAAACAAUACGCAUAGAUUUCACAGAUUUCCAUUUGACAGACUCUGAGUUUGUUAGACUCUCUGAUCACCCUGUGGGUCAGGAAAAAACCUACACAGGUGCUGCUUUACCUCCAACUUUUUACUCUACUUCAAAACAAAUUUUCAUUGAAUCACAACUAUCAAGCUCUUCUGCUUCAAGAUUUCAAUUAAACUAUACAUUAGCAGAUUGUAACAGGAACUAUACACAUUCAAGUGGACGAUUAACCAGCCCAAAUUAUCCAGAUGAACAUCCACAUUAUUUGGACUGCAAAUAUAUUAUAACUUCACCCGGAAAUACCACAAUCUCACUGUACUUCAAUGAAUUUAGCUUGGAGCAUAACCACUACUGCUUUCAUGACAGUUUACAGGUUAUUGAUAGCUCAUCCCUGGAAGUAAAGAAGUUGUGUGGACCUUACAUUCCUGAUCCAAUAUAUCUGAAUGAUAACAGUGUGACGCUAAACUUACAUACAGAUGACUCUGUUGCUACAUCUGGAUUUGACAUUACAUUUGUGGCAUCAACUCAAAGUCCAGGAUGUGGUGGUGCCAUUGAAGGUAUCUCAACAGGUGUAAUUACUAGCCCCAACUUUCCUGCAACUUUCACCAGAAAUGAGACCUGUGCAUGGUACAUUACACCAAUCUCAAGCAGGCCAAUGUAUUAUUGGUUCACCCAGGUCACAGCCUAUGAUAACCCAAGUAGCUGCAGUAGUAAUUACAUCAAUGUUUAUCAAGGUUCUACAACUGAUGAUCAAUUGCUGGGACAGUAUUGUAAUGAACCAAGCUCACCCCGUUUAUUCAAUUCACCAAUUUUGGUGAAUUAUGUUUCAAAUGGAAACGGAACUGUUUUCCAGUUGAAAUUCUCAACUAGAAGGCCCUAAACUAAAUUGUAGAUCAGUU